GGAGGGUGACCUCGGAUGCAAGUUCAUGACUCCAAAGUUCCUCGUUUCACUCCAUCCUCCGUCCUGGCGCGGAUGGAUAUAAAGUCUCUCGCCACCCCCUCACGGCACAGUACGUCUAUCGUUUUCAAGUUCGCACUUCGUAGACAGGCAGACGUCUCCCGCUUCAACAUGUCCUUCAAAUCUGUUGCUGUUUUCUUCGUGCUGGCCAUCACCGUAGCCGCAGCCUACGUCCUCCCGAUCGUCCCGACCAGCGUCGUUUCCCACGAGGGCAUCGUCCAGGCUCACUCACCCUGGGCCUGGAGCUCGUCCUCCCGCAUCCAGUCCCACAACCCCAUCCUCCCCAUCCUCCACCCCAUCUACUACUAGAUCCUCCACCACACUCGUCAAGCUUCCAGCACAAUGCCCGCAAACCGAUUUACGUGUGUUUC